AUGGCCUUGAAACUGGACAUGAGUAAAGCUUAUGAUCAAGUUGAAUGGAAUUUUUUGGAAAAAUUGAUGAUGAAGAUGGGCUUUAAUGAAAGAUGGGUGGGAUUGAUUAUGACUUGUGUAAAAACUGUGACUUAUUCUAUGUUGGUCAAUGGUGAACCUAAAGGGCUUAUUACUCCGUUAAGAGGGAUUAGACAAGGAGACCCCCUCUCCUCCUUUCUAUUUCUUCUUUGCACGAGGGGGCUACAUGGUCUCAUCCAACAAGAUGCAAAUAGUGGUGACAUUACUGGCUUUGCACUUUGUACACGAGGGCCUAAACUCACUCACCUAUUUUUUGCAGAUGAUAGCCUUUUGUUUUGCAGAGCAACCCCUAGGGAGUGUGACAAGGUGAUGGACCUACUUUUCAAUUAUGAGAAUGUGUCUGGUCAAAAGGUGAAUAGGGACAAAACAACACUCUUUUUUAGUGGAAUAGUUGAUGAAGGAUCAAGGCAGAUUAUUAAAAAUAUUUGGGGGGUCCAAGAGGAGCAUAAUUAUGAGAAGUAUUUGGGUCUCCCCUCUUUGAUUGGGAGACAUAAAAAGGCUAGCUUCAAUUACAUAAAAGAAAGGGUGUGGAGGAAGUUGUAA